AUGCUUCUGCGUCCGUCCACCGAUCCAGUCGAAGGACCCAAGUCCUUGGUCUUCCACUUGAUCACUUCGACGGAGUUGGCCCCGGUGGUCUCUCGGGCCCUAAUCACUGUGCUGCCAGUACUGGGCGCGCAGCUUCAAGUCCACUCGGAUGCACUGGUGCAGAAGCGCAUCAAGAGCACCUCAGCUGAGAAGAAAACAGGCUUGAUCAGCUAUCGCUCCAGCUCGGGUGCACGCAAGGGCUUGGCCAGCGCCUUUAACUUUGCACCCUUCUACUUGGAGGACUUCCUGCGUGACGGUGGGCUCCCAAAGAGGCUCAUCUACUUGGACACUGAUGUGCUGCUCUUGGGCGACAUUGAAGCCCUUUGGAAGGUGGACAUGAAGGGUCUUCCAGCAGCAGCAGUGGAGGACUGUUCACAGAGUUUCGACAUCUACAUCGACUUUGAUGAGAUGGAGGCCCUAGGGCUCAAGAAGACUGGCUUGAGCAAGAAAGACUGUGUCUUCAAUCGCGGCAUCUUCGUGAUGGACGUGGCUAAAUGGAAGCGGAUGCAGAUCACCAAGGAGAUUGAGCACUGGAUGGCCAAGUACAAAGAGUCCAAGAAGGACCUCUACAAAUUCGGAAUGUCCCAACCACCAUGGCUUCUGGCACUGCACAAGAAGUACCACAAGCUAGGUGAAGAGUGGAAUUGUCGAGGCCUUGGCCGUGAGACGUUGUCCUUGAAGGAGCUGAAGGAGCUCAAGACGGAGCUACACCUGGAUUUCAAAGCCUUACAGAAGGUGGGUGCACGGGCAAUGGGCGACCAAGCACAGCCCUACAUCGCGUCCUGCUCCAGAGAGGCACAAAUCCUUCAUUUCAAUGGGAAGCUGAAGCCGUGGCGGAGCCACCGAUGGGUUCGAAAGAAACCAGCACCCAUGUGCAUGGUGCACGGAAAGACCUUCCCGACCUUGGAGAAGAAGAGCGUCCUGGACAUGUCGUUCGUGCGCUGCGCGGACAUUUGGUCGAACUUCCUCUCCAUGCCCGCAGCCGAGCUUCUGAAUUCCACUGCGCAGCAGUUCUACCGUUUCCAAUGUGGCCGAAAUGGCUCAAGCGACGGGGGCGUUUCGGAGAUGGUGCUUGGUCGCCUGGCUGCGUUGGGGGCGAUCGGUGCUCAUGCGCAGAGUUUGGAGGAAUCGCCUGAGGCAGGAAAUGGCCUUUGCUGGUACAACAGCGACAGGAGCUAUGAUCGCUGCUGCCGGCAGCGGGAUCCAGACUGUUGGGUGGGAAUCUGGGUCACUGCAGACCUGUGCUGUUACAACAUCACGCAGCAACAGCAGGAGUGCUUCGAUUCAAUGGAAAUGCGCGUGGAAUCCAAGCUGAGAAGGCUUCAUGAUAUGGCUGAGAUGGCAGAAGAGGAAGGUUUGAUGGAGCAAGCUUACAUGUCUCGUGUUCAAGCAUCCAGCUAUGAGAUCUUGUUAUCCCAGCCUCUCUCGAUGUGGUCCUGGGCUUGCAGUGUACCUGACUCUCCAUUUCUUUGGAGUCCAGACUGCGCAUGUUGCGAACCUGAGGAGGGCCAUUGCAAGCGACCUGACGAGCUCUUUGUGCAGAAGGCCUUCCUCAGCUGUUGCUACAGCGUUUAUGCUCGGCGCACCUUUGAGGAGCCGGAGGAGGCCUUGGAGGCGCAGAUCCAACGGCACUUGGAACCCCUGCGCCCCUCGCGCGCGGCGAUUCAACGCCUGGGCCCCACGCUGUCGUGGCACCUAGGAGGCGCCUCUCGGGCGCAUGGAUGUGUCAUCUCCAUCCACCCAAACGGCAGCAUUACGACGUGCCCGGAAGAAGUCGCUUGCCAUGGCUUCGAUUGCUCCUUUUUGCGUGCAGUGGUUUUGGCACUGGAGGUGAUUCAAGCGAUCCAUCCACUGCCGCCACUGGACUUCGUGCUGAAUGCAGGAGAUGAAACCUUAGAGAACACCUUGCUGGAGGCGCCGGUCUUUACCCGUGGAGGGACUUGGUGGACACACACGUUGACCUUGCCGUUUGAGUGGCAGAUGCAUCCAACACAAUGCGUUCGUACGAUCAAGGUGGGAAUGAAUGCCAUGGGUCUCAUCAAGUGGGAAGACAGGAAGCCAAUUCUCAUUUGGCGUGGCUCUCAUUCAAACUUGUGGACACCACAUUGCAAAAUCUACAGGGCGGCUCGUGAGUUUCACAUGUUGGAGCGCUGUGUGACUUCCUUACCUCCGCAUGGCUCGCCCCGCGAGCCCAUCUGGAACUUCAGCACCUGGCUGCAGAUGCCGCGAGGGCGCUUGAUCAUGCUGAGCCGCUUCGUCGACUUCGUGGAUGCCAAGCUGGUGGACUCCAAGCUAGUGCCCAUGCGCCUUGGUGUGGGGGUCGUUUUCCCCCCGUUUGUUGCACAGCAAGUUGUGUCGUAGAAGCGACGACUGGUGUGGCGUCUUGACUGGUGUGGGGCUCCCGUGGGCUUGUCGUUUUUUGAGUGGGGGGAGGUGUUUUUUUGCGGUGUUUCAAUCGGAAGCUCAGCAGCACCAGCAGUUCUCUUGAACCCCCUGCUUGAAUGAUUGGGUCAAUCUUCAACCUUUGAGUGGGGGAUUCCAACCCCUGACUGGGGAUCCUGCACCCAGUCCCUGAGGAGCCCUGACUUGGAGUCCUUCUUGCGUGAAGAGCAGCUCUAUGGCGAGCGCAUUGAGGCUGAAGCCUUGGCACAGUACAAGUAUCACAUUGCCAUUGAGGGCAACUGUGCGGCGGACCGCGUGUGCUGGCAACCCUUCUUGGGGUCCGUGUUGUUGCUUCCCGAUGGCCCCUGGCAACAACUGCCCACCGUCCGCACCAUGGAACCCUGGGUGCACUACGUCCCAGUCUUGUACGAUCUCAGCGAUCUGGUGGACAAGUUGCUGUGGCUCCGCGCCCACGAUGCCGAGGCCAAGCAAAUCGCCCUCAAUGCCGUGGCCUUUGCACAUCGGCAUUUGACAUGUGAUGGCAACAUCUACUACUUGGACCGCUUGUUCCGAGCCUAUGCCGCCAAGCUUGUUCCUUGAUCGAUGCUGGGCAUGGCUCUGGUGUGGUCAGAAACACCACGUUUUGCAGUGUCAAGCGAGCCAUGUGGGUGGUUUAUCGGAUGAUCUUGGGCUGGCAGUCUGCCGAGCCAACGGUGUCUUCCUGCGUUCCUGAGAGGCAUAUGAUCGAGGCAAAGAAGCACUUCAUUCAGGACGACGAUGGCAUCACGAUGAUCCACCGCAUCGCUCCUGUGGGCGAAUUCCACGCGCCUCGCACCGCCAGUCUAGCGGUCGAAUGCCGGACAGAGGGACGUGGAGGAAGCGAAAAGAAGCUACUUGU